AGAGAGAGGGAGAUAGAGCAAAGCGGACGGAAACCGCCCGCCCUCCCCGAAACCCACCUCCCACCUCUUUGCGAGAGCGAACGAAGGAAGCCGAAAACGGAUCGAUAUAAAGAUUAGAGUAGGACUGAUACGAUUUAAUCCCCACUAAACCCCUCCAAAAAAAGAAUUUAAUACAGGCAUGGAGUCGGCGUUGAAUGCUUCCCCUCACCUCCACCGCCUCCUCCUUUCUCGUUUCCGCGCUCCCUCCUCCCCUCCGCGGAAACUCCGAUCUUUUCUAAUCCUCUGCUCCUAAAUUCUUAUGCUCCCAUUUUUUUUCCCAGAAAUUUUUUUGUUCCGUUUCGAUCUUGAUGCUAAAAUUCUGAGAAGAAAUCGAAGAUGGAGGGGUGGAGAAGACUUGGAAUGAAGUCGCUGCAGCUGGUGGUGUUGUUGGUGUGGUUAACGCUCGAUCUUUGCGCUUCUAUCAAUGAUGAAGGGAGGGCGCUGUUGAGGUUUAGAGAGAGGGUGGAGUUGGAUCCAUAUGGAGCUCUGGCGGACUGGAAUGAAGAGAUCGGGGACGAUCCGUGUUCUUGGUUCGGGGUUCAGUGUUCCGGUGGAAGAGUCGUGGCUCUGAAUUUGGAAGAUCUUGGUCUCAAGGGAACACUUGCACCUGAACUUGGAAAGCUCAUUCACAUGAAGUUGCUUAUUUUACGCAAUAAUUCAUUUUCUGGAAUCAUCCCUAGAGAGGUAGCACAAUUGCAAAAUUUGGAGGUAUUGGACUUGGGACACAAUAAUCUCAGUGGACCACUUCCAUGUGAUCUUAAUAAUAUUUUGUCCUUGAAAAUCCUUAUACUUGGAAGCAACAGGUUUAUAGGUAGUACACCAGGAAAAUUCCUUGAGCUUAAUAUUCUCCCUAAGCUCCAAAUGGAUGAAAACCUGUUAUCUUCGAACAAAGGAUCUAUUACAAGGAAUGUUCAGAAUGCAACCAUACGGAAACUUCAGCAGAUAGGCAGCAAAGACAAAAAAAAACAACAUAAAAAUGGAGAAAAUCUGCCGGAAGUUUUCAGUUCACCGACACCAGCACAUGAAAGCAGACAGCAUAAAGAUGGACAGAAUCGGGCAAAAGAUUUUGCUUCACCAGCAUCAGCACCAUCUCCUGUGUCUUCAAAGCUGCAGUUGUCACCAUUCAUGUCACGUUUCUUCCCCCCGUCCUACCCACCAGGAAUUUCACAAUCACCAAUGACAUCAACACCAUCAAUCUCCAUUCCACCAUCUCCAUUUAGUCAAUUUCCAACACUUGCGCCCUCACCUUCACCUUCACCAGCUAUUGAGCCACCAUCCUCAAUACCAGAGCAUCAGCGCAACUUUGAUGCAGCACCACCUUCUAGCUCUGUUCCAAAUCCCUCUUCCUCUGUGAGUCCUUCACCAUCAGCUGCAGUAGAUACAGUAAAACAUGCAACUUCCUGGACCAUCUAUGUGUCAAUAGCAGGAGCAGUUUCCUUUCUUGCAAUAUGUGCAGUGUAUGUUCUUUGCUGCCGAGUCAACAAGGUUGUCACCGUCAAACCUUGGGCAACAGGCUUAAGCGGACAGUUGCAGAAAGCAUUUGUGACAGGUGUACCAAAACUCAAACGAGCAGAACUGGAAAUAGCUUGUGAAGACUUCAGCAAUAUAAUUGGCUCUUUACCAGAUUGCAUGUUAUACAAGGGAACAUUGUCAAGUGGAGUUGAAAUAGCAGUGAUAUCUAGUGCAGUUACAUCUGCAAAGGAUUGGUCAAAACCGUCGGAGUCCCAAUUCCGGAAGAAGAUCAUGACACUGUCGAAAGUGAAUCACAAGAAUUUUGUGAACUUGCUUGGGUAUUGUGAAGAAAGACAGCCUUUCACCAGGAUGAUGGUGUUUGAGUAUGCUCCAAACGGAACACUUUUCGAGCAUCUGCAUAUUAAAGAAGCAGAGCAUUUGGACUGGGCUAUGCGGCUAAGGAUAGCCAUGGGAAUAGCAUACUGUCUAGAGCACAUGCAUCAGCUUAACCCCCCUUUCAUUCUCAGAAAUCUGGACUCAACUACCAUCUAUCUUACCGAUGAUUAUGCUGCCAAGAUCUCAGAUCUUGGAUUUUGGAAUGAAGCAAAGGGAACCGAGCCAGUGCCUGAAAAUUCAAGUCCCUUGGCACCAUUGUCGGACCUAAAGAGCAUCAUGUACAGUUUUGGUGUAAUACUGUUGGAGAUAUUAUCUGGCAGACUUCCAUUUUCUGAGGAUGGCUCACUAGAAAAAUGGGCUUCAUGUUAUUUAAAUGGGGAGAAGCCCCUUAAAGAUAUGAUUGAUCCAAGCCUUGUAUCUUUUCAUGAAGAAAGUGUCAGCGCACUGCAUGAGGUGAUACGAUCCUGCACUAAUCCAGAGCCAAAUGAGCAACUGACAAUGGCAGAGGUGGCAAGCCGAUUGAGAGACAUCACGGCAAUGCCACCAGAUGGAGCAACUCCAAAAGUGUCACCAUUGUGGUGGGCUGAGCUCGAGAUUAUUGCUUCAGAGGCUAACUGAAAUCGAAAAAGUUAGCCUUGUUUGUGUGUAGAUAUUCUUUUGUUUCGUUUAUUCUUUUUUUUAAUUAUUUUUUCUUUCAAAAACUCUGUGUUAGCUGUUUGUAUCUAAUGGCAUGGCAGACAUAUGUACAGGCUAGAAAUAGGGGGAGUUGGCUGCGGUUUGUUAUAGUGUGUUUACUGUGCAAAGAUGGGGCUUGUUCAUAUCUCUGGAGAAUGCUUUGGAUUGGUAUGGAUAUUGCUCGUGGAAUGAAUAAAAGAGGGAAAUUUUAGUUUGGCUUCUCUUUUGCCAUUUCA